GCACUAUCCAAGAAAUUCACAUCCGUCACACUUCCUUUCCAUCUUACCACCUUCCAUACCAUACCUUAACUAACCAAAAUCUCAAGAACAGACAUUCACCACUUACCCAAACACUCUUCAACAACUCAUCGGCUCAUCCAACACCAUGUCGAGUGGCAAAGCCGGCAAAGCUUGGAGCCCGCAGGAGAAGCUUGAAUUUCUUCUUCAGGUCAUUGAUCGCGUGCACCCGUCUGGCAAGGGUAUUCCCUUUGACGAGCUUAAAAUGCCCGGCCGCACACCCAGAAGCCUCAGGCACACUUGGUCAAACCUCCGUGCUGAGGCAGCUGCCUACCGCAAUGGUAGUAAGAACAACGACAAUGACAGCGGCGAGGAAGCUGAGGCAGGCGCGACCACCAACGGCAGUCGUGGCAAAAAGAAGACGCCUACGAAGUCUACCGACUCUCCCCGCCGUGGUUCCCGUCAGAGAACUCAGAAGAGAACCUACUCCGAUUGGGUUAGUGACGAUGAGGAGGAUAAGGUCUCCGUCAAGAAAGCUCGCCUUUCGUCCGACGACGAGAAAGAGGCAGAUGACUCCAAUGCAGACGCUGUCGCCGUUACCAAGAGCAGACCUGUCCGUUCCACUAGGGGUGCCAAGAACGGAGAGCCGAAGGUCAAGCUCGAGGAGCCUGUGGAUGCCGACGAUCCCCAAGAUGAAGGUGAGGUGUGAAUGCGCCACCUCAUUCAAAAAGGCCAACAGCAACCUCUAGUCUUCCUUCCAUGGAUCUCUUAUCUCAGCUAGCAAGCGCAGGCUUCAUCCAACACAGCCUGGAGCCUCUCAUAACAGACACAAACUGGUUGUCGGUCAUUCGCGGUAUCCUCUUCCGUGCUUUGCGUUAUGCACUUCAUUCAUUUUAUACAGCAAACAGAGAGUUGCGCUUGUUCUUCGUAAGAGAGCUUUCAAUGCGUAGGCGAAAAAGCCCUUAGAGUCUCGGUCUUCGCGAUGUUUUAUGCCAGGAGGAGGCAUGAUCAGAUAGUGACUACAUCUAGUUUCAGCAGUUAU